UAAGUUUCUAUAAUUCUACCCCUUUGCCCCCGAGAGGAGGCUCUCACUCAUCAAGUGAUGCACUAAAGAGGUGACUAUCGCUCACCACUUGGUUUGCUGCAGUAACUCGAUACGCCGGACUAACUGUUUUCGUUUGCUUUCUUCGACGCGGGCUCUUAUACGGCAUUUCCACGAUAGCCCAAUUACGUGUUUCGCUCUCUCAAUCGUAAUUCGAACUCCAAAUACAUGCCGAAUUAUUUAAUUUGCCAUACAAAUUUUCGUGAGCGAAUUACAAAACUGACAAAACUGUCUAACUGCGUGCCGUGUGAAUGGGGGUAAUUCGCAUUCGUAAUUGAGAGAUGGAAACACGUAAUUGGGCCGUCGUAGAAAUGCCGUAUUACGCUCUUUAUAUUUAAUCUUACAAAGUAAAAAGGGAAAUUAAUAUAAGAUUCUCUUACCUGAGAUUAGUUCGAACCUGACAGUCGUGACAGUGACACAGCAGAAUUUAAAGUUUUUCAUCCUUAAAAGCAUGGAACGUGGUCUUGAAUUAAGUUUAAGUGAAGAUGAGUUAGAUUUCACAAUACUUAACGAGGAUAUUUUACCGCAAAAAAUUUGAUGGAAAUACAUUAUCUCCUUACUCGAUAUGGCGAAAUUGGCGGAAUGUAACCAUCGAAGAAACGUGGGCGUUUAUUGGUGUGAUAAUAAAUAUGGGGACGAUUCCGUUGGCAAAUUUGUAAGAAUAUUCGUCACGGAGUGAUGUCAGCUACAUUCCUUUUUAUUCGAACAAGUUUACAAGAGACAGAUUCAAUCAGAUUUUUUUUUAAUGCUUUAUCUAGAUACAAUCCGAAGACAAGAUGCAGGACCACGAACACGCUUACAGCUAGUUGGCAGUUUUCUGGAUUACAAAAACUCAAAAUUUGUACACUAUUUUACACCGAGAAGAGAACUUUGUGUGGAUGAAUCUACGAUCAAGUUCAAAGGUCGGGUCUCUUUCAUUACUUACAACCCGAAGAAACUGACCGAAUGGCGGAUUCUUGUUUAUACAAUGGCAGUCUCAUCUACCGGUUACUUGUGUGGCAUUCUUUCUUAUUAUGGAAGUUUGACAACAGACAGCUUGAUAAAGCGCGACCUACCGGUGACAACGAGAAUACCAUUGCAUCUGUAUUCAAUGCUGCUGGAAAAACUACCUGGUGCACAAGGACAUCAUAUGUUCACCUAUCGUUAUUACACGAGCUAUAAGUUGGCCGAAGAAAUAUUGAAAUUAAAAUACCACCUUAAAGGAACUAUCUUAACAAACAAACAAGACGGAUGUCACAUGCUUGAACAACUGGAAUAGCACAGGAAUGACGCCUGUAAAAGGAAUUUUACGAGGUGCUGUAGAAGUGACCUUCAAGAAACCUAUUGUAAUAAUAUAUUACAUCAAACAUAUGGGCGGUGUCGAUCGUGCCAUCAGUAUGCUUCAACGUACUGUUUCCUAAGAAUAUCUCUGAAAUGGUGGCCUAAACUAUUUUUUGGAGUCUGGAGAUUUGUUUAAUCAAUUCAUAUAUUUUAUAUACAACCACUAAACAACAGAGAACCGAACGGACGCUUAAUCACCUACGAUAUUUGAAGAUAUUAGUCAAGCAAUUGACUGGAGAUUUCCAACUCCCGCGCGACUGAGCCUCCAUUUCAAUUCACUUCAAUCCGAAAACAUCCGCCUAAAUAGAAAGGUGCAUAGCAUUCUAUUUUAUAUGUUGCUUUAUGUGUGUAAUCAUUUUAAGUUAGAUGUAAGAAAUUCACCAAAUACGCGCGAAAAAGGUUCCGAGUGCAAAGGACUAAAUUUGGGUGCGGCAAAUGACUGUUUACUCACUGCUUAACACACAACUAUGAAUAAGUAAAAUAACUCUGCUAAUAUGUGAACCUCAAGCAUUGUAUGGACUUACAGCUGUUGACAGCUACAUAGAAGCGAUGCUCCCUUUGAACCGAAUAUUCCUUUUGCCCAUCAAAGCAAGCAUUUUCAUAAUUUGUUUUACAACUUUAUUUUAUUAAAUCAUAUUCUAAGCAAUUUAUUCAAAAUUCAUGUUUAGAUAUUUUUAUACCAAAAACCCAGUGAAAUGCAUGAAUUAAGUGAGAAACCUAAUUAGAAAGAAAUAUUGAUAUUAAGAUAAAAUGUUUACUUUUAAAGUGUAAAUUUUUAAUAGC